AUGGCAUUCUGUAAUCGUUGCUUCAAUUCAUUAAGCAUUGAGAUAUGCAAUGGGAAUACUCGGUUUACUUGUGAUGAGUGCAAGUACCAUCAGGAAAUCAAGGGGAUCUAUCGGGUCAAAGUUCCAUUAACACCACGAUCUGAAGAAAUGGCUGUUAAACCUCGAGAACUGCCGGAGCGAGCUGUUAUAUGUCCGCAAUGUUCGGAAGGCAAAGCCUACUUCUAUCAGAUGCAAACCAGAAGUGCAGAUGAGCCGAUGACCAUCUUUAAUACUUGUGUUGCCUGUAAGUAUGCCUGGCGCGAAUAA